UGAAAAUAAUGUUUGACAUUUUUCUAUACUCUAUAAUCGUAAAGAGUUAUACAUUGCAAAAUAGUUAUGAUAGACAAAUGAAGAAAUAUUUUAGCAACAUCGAGGAAGACGUUGAUGCUAUAAAAUCAGCAAAUAAUCGACUUAUUUCAAAACUAACCACUUCUUUAUAUAUUAAUAUAGUAAAAAAUAUAACGAAUGGGUUUUUCAAUACGAAAGUUUAUCCUUUAAAAAAACGAGUUGAACAUGGGACUAAUCAUCCAAUAAAUAUGGUAAAACGUAACGGAACUUCAUCUAACAACACCUACAGAGUGUUUGAUAACGAAAUAGAUUGUGUGACAGCUAACAAACGUGCUUGUGUGUGCUCAUUUGAUGAACUAUUAGAAUCAAUUGUGAAUAUACUAGAAAUUGCGAAAAAGUCUAAAGAAAUCACCUCAUUAAAAUGUCAAUGGUUUAAACCAACUUCAGCUGUCUACAUCAUAUCUCCUUCGCCAGAUAUGCAAACUGAUAAUGAAUCUAACGAUUUUAAUAUGAUGCCUGCUGGUGAAGAUUAUAUAGAAUUGAAGGAUACUAGUAAAGAAAUGGAGGCAGAUUCUGUAAAUGUCAGCGAUAUCGCAGUUAAUUUUGACGAUGUUAUUAGUUAUCGUUCAGUGAACCCACCUGAAAAUAACUUUUCUAUUUAUCAUGGAAUGUUGGGAAAUGACAUAAAGAUUCGAUGUGAAGUUACGAUUCCUAAAGUAGGCAAUUCUACUGCAAAAGUUACUUACAGAUGGGCAUAUAAAAAAACAAAAUUUAAAACUAAUUCUACAGUAGUGGUUUUAAAUAGUGGUCAGUUAUUAAUUUCAAAAUUAGAGCCACGUGAUAGUAAAAACUAUACAUGCAAAGCUGAUAUACAAAAACCAAAAUUGCAUGGCAUCACUCACAAAUAUUGGGUUUUAGUUGUAGAUAGAGCUGUGUAUGAUAUUCGCAGUACGGCAGUGUAUACAACUAAUGAUGUUUGCACACUUGACAUAAUUUUGCCAAUACAAUUACAGCUACCAAAUAAACUACAAACGGACAUUUGCUCUUUAGGUUCUUUACAAUACUUAUGCAGUGUAAUUAUUGACACGCCAAAAUGUAUUGGUGAUAAAAACAAAUUAGAAAUAAACUAUACAGUUAGAGUAAACUACAGCACUGGUUUUAUGAAGCAAAUAAAAUAUAAUAAAAAAUGCCAGGGUCCAGUAUUUUAUCAAAAAGUGUUGGCUAAAAUAUGGCAAGUACUGGCGGAAAAUUUAAAUAAAUCUAUGACAGUUCAUUUGAUGACGAAAUUAUCGACGAUCAGAAAGAAUUUUGAACCAAAUAUGGAUAGAUUGACAGUUCAAAAUGUAGUUAGCUGUUUGGGUGGUUUUGGUUUACUAGGAAUAGUAUGUGUAGCAUGUCCAGUUCACCACUAUAGUCCAAAUAUGUCAGCGGAGUGUAUUAAAUGUCCUAAAGGAUAUCAUCAAUUAACUGCGGGAUCAGAGAAAUGUGUCAAGUGUCCAACUAUUUUUGCCAGUGGAUGUGACUUAGGACAUUUAUAUCCAUCAUUUCCACGAUAUUAUGGAUAUAUUAUGAUGGUUUUUGUGUUUGUAUUAACAUUUAUAGCCACCGUCUUAUGUUUUGGACUUCACUUUUUUCAAAAUGAUAAAAAUGAAACAAACAAAAUAGUUAAAAAAAAGAAAAAAAAGAAGAAAAAAGAAAAAAAAUCUAGCAUUUUAAAAACUAACGAAUUAAGUAAUGUUGAUAUGAGUUAUGAUAAUGACAUAAAUUUAAAUAAACACGAAGAACCUAAAACGCCAUUCCAAGGAAUUCAUGAUAAAAUCGGAAAUGAAAUCAAUCAAAAUGAAACAGAAAUUACAAAAUUAUAUUUUGCUAGUUUACACGAAGGGAAAAAAUCUCCUCAUUUAGGAAGUGUUUCAGAAAAAACCACAUGGAUAACCACUGAUAGUAGAUUUACACACGGCAAACAGAUUUCUAAUAAGUCUUUAAAAAUGAAAUCACACCAUCAAAUACUAUUAUCUAAUUCAAAUAUGACUGAACCGUGUGUAAUUGGAAAUGAUAAAUAUUGCAUAACGAACACUUGUGCUUUCAAUUCAAUUGUUUUUGCUAUUACGGCCAUGUAUUACGACUCUCUUAGCUAUAAGGCCUAUAUAGAAAAAUCUGAAAAUGAAUUAUUGAAAUUCGUCAAAGAAUUAGCAUUAAAUGGAUCAACUCAAACAGUUUAUAAUAAAAGAGCUGAGUUAUUAAAAAAAUACUUCACUAUACAUAAACUCUAUCAAAGUGUGUAUAUGAUUGAUGCACAAUGCAAUGUUUCAAAAAUAGUAACUUGCUAUUUCAAAGACGAACCGAGUGUAACAGAAAUACUUUCUUGUGCUUCGUGCUGUGAAAUAACAAGACAUUCACCAACAAUCGUUCUGCAAGCUGUAACAGAAAAUUGUAAAAUCAAUAUGCUGCAAAGUUUAUUAGAUAUAUAUCUUGCUAAAAUAAAACACUUAUGUAAAAUUUGUGGUAAACAAAAUAUAUCAUUUAAAAAAUGCAACAAACAUAUUUUCAUUGAAACAGAUCAAUUUUCAUCUAUUCUUCUUGAAGAUAUCCCAAAAAUAUUGAAUAAAAAAUACAGACUUGUAGCUAUAAUAAAUUAUGUUUCGGCACAUUACGUUUGCUUUAUAAACAGAAGUUCUACGGGUUUAUGGGAAAUCCAUAAUGAUCUAAAAAAAAGAGUGCAGACUUUAAAAAAAUCCAAUGUAACGUUGAAUCCGCACAUACUAGUGUAUUUAAAAUUGAAAAGUUGGGAAAUAAUUAAUCAACCACUACAAAAAAAAGAAGAUUUGUUAGAAAAAUUUAAAAAAUCUUGUUUAUUUCUCUCGUAACAUUUUAUCUUA